AUGCCUUUGAACUAUUCAAAGUGGGAUCAACUCGAAUUGUCUGAUGACUCGGAUAUUGAGGGUCACCCUAAUGUUGACAAGAAAUCGCUGAUUAGAUGGAAGCAACGCGAUAUUCACGAGAAGCGCGAAAUGCGCAAACAUAAAAUACAAACGUUGAAAGCGCAGAUCGCAUGCAACAAAGUUCUCUUGCCACGAAUUACGGAGAUUGAGGAGACACUCAAGAAUCCACCUUCAGAUAUGACUGCUCCUGCGUAUUUCAGUCAGCUUGUAGAGAAGCUUCGUACCAACCCCUCUCGUGAUUGUCCUCCAGGAAAUGACCCAAACAAACUCGAACAUACCUACGAUGGCAUGCUCCUGAGUCUUUUAACGAUGGUCAGCGAGAAGUCGAAGGAGAAGUUAAAGGAAGGACACUAUGCAGGGGAAGACAUUGCACAGAAACUGGCUAAGGAGUUGGCAGCUGAAAUGGGAACCCAUGUCAAGCAGCUGGGAGAAACGAUAGAACGCGAUCAAAAGGAACUUGAAGAAGAGGAGCGCGAACAGAAGAAGCAUAUCACCAUGGACGAUCUUCAUGAUGGGUUCGAGAGCAAGUAUGUUCCUCCUAUACCCGCUCCAGCGCCCUUGGCUCCAGUGAAACCUGAAAAAGCUAAGGGAAAGAAAAAGGAAACAACCACUACAAUCGAGGUCCUGAACCCCAAGGCAGGGGAAUCUUCGACAAGCGCUCCAGCUCAAGAAGAAACAUCUGACAACGAAGACGAAGAAGGUCUUCCUGAAUUGACACCAUCCCUCGAGGCAUUCUCCAAGAUCGCUGUUGGUGACUAUGAGAAAUCGUUUGAAUUCAUUCAGAAGCAUCGCGAUGUCUACGUACCAGGGGCAGCGGAUGCCCUGCUUGUUGCCGCCUUCACGGCGCAGGGCGAUGGCAAGACCAAGUACGCACGGCAAUGCGUACACCAGAGUCUCCUCAUCCAAUACUGCGAGAAACUUGGCCGUGAUGGAGUCGGCCUCUUUUUCAAGAAGAUGGUGUCUGGCGACAAACGCGCCCUCAAAGUGUUCGUCGACGAUUUUGAGAAGACCUACGAACAUCUUGCCAAUCGCGUCAAGGUCACCAAGGAAGAACAAAACCAAGCCCGCGAGCAAAUCCAGCUGGUCGCUGAAAACCCCGAUACGAUCAUCUCAUUCAACGUCCCUGAAGGCCCUCCCCCCGAAACACUUGUUCUGGAAGGCCCUGGUACAGAGGGAAUGGACGUUGAGGAAGUUCGAAAGGCGCUGCAGUUCCGCUGGGAUGUAUUUGAAAGUUUCGCCCCUGAGAUGAAAGAGGCGUUGAAGUCGAACAAGCUGGAGGCUGUUAACAAAGUGCUUGGAGAGAUGGAUGUUGCGGAGGCUGAGGCUCUUGUGGGAAGCCUGGAUAUGGCCGGAAUCUUGAACUUCGCUGAGGGUGGUAUUCGUGAUGAAACAGGUCAAUGA